CUUGGAAAUGGGCGCAUUGAAGCAAGCAGGCGGAAGAUUGAGUUGACGCUUCCUGGCAUGCGGCUCAUUAUCAUUUGGGCUUUCGGAUUCUUCGCCCGUCCUCGUUCUGGAGGCUCAUCACUUCCCAAUUAUUCAGCUGCAGGGCUGACUCCAGGCUUGGACGGAACUCAUAUCGUCAAUUCAGUCUAGAACGCUAUGAAGUUUGGCAAAGGUCUACUACAGGAGAUUCUCCAGAGCAACCCGGAGUGGGCGCCCUUUUGGCUCAACUACAAGAUUCUCAAAAAGCGUAUCAAAGCCGUGACCCGCGCGGCGCACCACGCUGCCAACCAGCGCGAUAUCUCUGAAUCCGAGCUGGAGGUGGCUUUCUUUCGUGACCUUCAGGCCGAGCUCAAGAAGAUCUCGCUUUUCUACGCAGCUGAGGAGAAACGCUGCUCAUUCCGCUAUCAGCAGCUACGCUCCGUGCUCAAAAACCUCAAGAAACGGGAAAAGAUCGAGGCACCCGAAGCGCAGCGACUCAUGUUCGCCUUCGUGCACUUUUACCGCGAAUGCAUUCGGCUUGAAAACUUCGCUGUCAUGAACUACCAGGGAUUCUCGAAGAUCCUCAAAAAGCACGACAAGAUGACGGGGUACAACACGCGGUCCAAGUACAUGCGCCGUAAGGUGAAUUUAUCGUCGUUCUCGAGCUACCCGAAUCUGCUACAGAUUUUGUCCAGCACCGAGGAUAUGUUUCACGAGGUGGAGCGUGACGUUCGCAUGGCAUCUGCUGUGUCCAGCAUGAAGCUCAACAUCGAACCACAGGUCAAAACCGACGUGAGCAGCGCCCAUGUGUUGGCUCCGGUGGUGCAUAUUCCAGUGGGGGCAGUCAAUUCGACCACUCCCGUGCAUACGUCGUCACUUCCUCCCAAAUUCCCGUCUCCCCACCUCACGCCGUCCAAUUCGUCGGCAGUCGCUGCGCCGUUCCCCGCUUCAGUGCUAUGGACUUCAGAAGACCAGGAGACCGAGCAGAAGUUCCAGCUCUAGCCACAAGAGCUAAUGCGUCGUACCAACAGUUUAACUUAUGCAGCCGUAGGUGUAGAUUUCAGUCCGCAAUGGCCACCAAUUACAUGAAACCUUGAAGUGGAUUAAUAUCUUGUCAUCGGGC